GUACGACUGUUGCUUUGAUUCUUCCAUGACUUCCAUGGUAGAUUAAAGGAUGUUUGAGAAAGCAAACAUUCUGCGUGCUGAAGCAGUUGAUCACACUGAGAGCUGCCUUUUCCACGCAGCUCCUUCUCCGGGACACUGUUCCCAAGCCAAACUUCUGCCUUAUAGAGCAACCCUCCCCCGCAACUUUCCCACUCAGUUCCUCAAGACUAGCGGCGGCAGCAAUUAGCAAACACCUGGUGAAACUACUGUCUGCUGAGCUCAUCAUGCAAACUACUUCUCUGUGAAACGCUGGCAAAAACGUUGUUAAGGGCUCAAUGGAGGAGGGUUGUUGUGAUGGAAGGUCGAACAUCGGAAAGAGCAGGGUCUUCUUAGAAAGACAGAGGCCCAAUUGAAAUUGCAAAGUCAAAUUUCUCUUAAGUCAUGUAUGACAUAUACAGCUUUUUUAUAAGAAUUGAAGACAACAAAGUUACUUGAUUGUGCUUUCAAACUGCAGCAUGUGCCUGGGAAAUACAUAAUUCGGCCCAUUUAAAGUUGUAAUCCAAACAUCAAAAAUACAGAGAAGAUAGUACUUGGGGAUUAUGUACAGUAAAGCAACAUGUAACUAAUGCACAAAGGGUAGUCCAGCCUUGUUACUAAGGUGAGCUCCUUGCCUUAUGAGCCACUCCCACGAGGCGGGGCGUGUUUCAGGCAAGCUCUUUAGUUCAUCUGCACACAGACGCUACUGUCAACUCAGUACUACUGCUUCCUGUUUUAGAGCAGAGGAUCCAACAGCUCACCCAUGGGUGUCCUGAGGACAAGAAAUAAACAGAAACGGAUACAUGCAUUCAUUUGCUUGUGCAUAGUUUGCUUCAUCCUCUAUAAGUAUCUGGGACAUCUGCAAAUUCCUACAGAGCACAUCAUGUGGUCAGUUCAAGAACAAUAACCCGUAUGUCCCGUAACCUGAUUGUGACUGGAACUAUGCACAGAUUCUUUCAGAGCCCGCCACAAACGGGCUUGAAGAAGAUCAGGAAGAUGGGCCUGAACACCAACUCAUCCCAGUUCACCCUGGAUGGGAAGCCCUUCUGCAUCCUUGGGGGAUCUGUUCACUAUUUCCGUGUGCCCAGGCCGUACUGGAGAGACCGGCUGAUGAAGAUGAUGGCCUGUGGCAUCAACACCCUAACUACAUAUGUUCCAUGGAGUCUGCACCAGCCGGAGAAGGACGUGUUCAACUUCCACACACAAUUGGAUUUAGAAGCAUUCAUAUCUCUGGCAGCUGAGCUGGGGUUGUGGGUUAUUUUAUGCCCUGGUCCCUAUAUUUCUGCCGACAUGGACCUGGGAGGACUGCCAAGCUGGCUCCUCAGAGAUGGCAGUAUGAGACUAAGGACCACUCACCCUGGCUUCAUUCAGGCUGUCAACACCUAUUUUGACAAACUUAUACCAAAAGUGGUUCCAUUUCAGUUCACCAAAGGGGGUCCUGUUAUUGCAGUGCAGAUUGAAAAUGAAUAUGGAUCCUUUGCAAAGGAUCAAAAGUACAUGUUAUUCAUUAAAGAGGCUUUACAGUCCAGAGGAAUCAGUGAGGCCUUGCUCACAUCAGAUAACAGCAACUCAUUUAAGUCGGGGGGUGUUGAUGGAGCUCUCCGGGCAGUAAAGCUACAGAAACUGAAUCAGAGAAUCAUCCAGGAGAUGAACUCUGUCAAGCCCAGCAAAUCUUCCUUGGUGAUGGAAUACUGGACUGGCUGGUAUGAUACAUGGGGGGACCUUCACCAUGUGCUGCCUCCCGAAGACAUGGUGUCCACAGUGAGGAAUAUUCUGAGAAGAGGCAUGUCUGUCAAUCUGUACAUGUUCCACGGAGGAUCCAGUUUUGGCUUCAUGAACGGAGCAGAUUCUGAUCCUUCCUACAAAGCUUUGGUCUCCAGCUAUGAUUAUGACGCUCCGUUAUCUGAAGCAGGGGGAUACACUGCAAAGUAUUACCUUCUAAGGGAUUUAUUUUCUCAGUUCAACCCAAAAGGACACCGCAUCCCAGACAUACCGAAGUUGCGUUACAGUGAUUCCUACGAAACUGCAGUUAUGUACCAGCAUCUGUCAUUAUGGGAUGCUUUAAGCUUCACUGAGGGUCCUUUCAUGUCCUCCAAGCCAGUAAACAUGGAGAACCUACCUGCAAACAAUGGGAACGGCCAGUCGUAUGGCUACACUCUGUAUGAGACCACCAUCACUAGCGGAGGGAUGCUACAGUCAGGUGACAAUGUUCGGGAUCGUGCCCUGGUGUUUGUAGACAGAAAAUAUAUUGGUCUUUUGAAGCGCCAGAUCCUUGAGCUGGCUGUUCCUGAUGGUAAGGGAGUGCGGACUUUGAGCUUCCUGGUUGAAAACUGUGGACGAGUUCACCAAGGAAAAGACCUUGACAAACAACGUAAAGGUCUGGUGGGGGACAUUUUAUUCAACGGCACCCCCUUGCGGGGUUUUACAACAUACAGCCUGGAUAUGAAACUCAACUUUAUUGAAAGUCUUAUUGAGGCACCUUGGAAAAAUCUCCCAGAAAGUCCCAGCUUUCCCGGAUUUUUCAUGGGAAGGGUGUUUGUGUACAGCUAUCCGAGUGACACGUUUGUGAAGCUGCCAGGCUGGGGAAAAGGUGUUGUGUUCAUAAACAGUCUGAAUCUCGGUCGCUAUUGGUCACUGGGCCCACAGCAGACCCUCUACCUCCCUGGGCCCUUUCUCCACAGUGGAAUAAACCAGAUCAUUAUAUUUGAGGAGAAGGAGGGAGACUACAAUGUCCAGUUUGAGGGUUCCCCUGAUCUGGGCAUGGAAGCAGAAAUCGACUGAACAUCCGGGUGUGAAAAUUAUCUACAUCUUGAUGUGUAACAUGUACAAAAUGUUUUUUACUGUGAUUGUAUUUAAAUAAACGGUCAUCAGUGUU